AUGAGGGGCAUCUUCCGAUUCCUUUGCUGCUCCAAACCCAAGAGGCAACAGGAUUACCCCCCAAUUCCCACCAUCGCUAACACUGCCCUGGAGGGCGUCGGCCUGGGCGGGGAGAGCCGCCGUUCCUAUCGGCUGCAGGUCAUCAAGGCUCUGGUGCAGCGCUACAUCGACACGGCCAGGCGGGAGUUCGAGGAGAGCAGGAGGAAAGACCUGGGGAACCGUAUCACCGAGCUGAACAAGUCGGUGUCGCGCCUGCACGUGGAGGUGAAGCGCCUGCAUCACAGCCGGCCCGCCCACCCUGCCCCCGCCAGCCCUCUGGAUGGGGCCAGCGUGCUGCACAGAUACAUCCUGCGAGUCCAGGACAACUUCCAGAACUUCAGCCAGGCCUCGGGCAGCUCCGGCCCAGGCUCCCCCGCCCAGGUGAUGGUGCACCAGGACGGGCCUGCCGGGAACGACCCCAAGGCGCUCUCCCUUGGCCCCCAGCACGCGAUGUCUCCCGGGGACCAAGCAGAAGAGCCAGAGGACCCGAGUUCCCGUCCAGCAGAGGAAGCCGACUCUGGCCCCAGCCUCUAGUGGCUCAAGGCAGCGUUUCCAUGGCGACAAAGAGCCAAGCAAUAAUAGCAACGCUCAUCACUUCUAGUGCAGCCGAAGGAUCCCAAAGCGCGUUGUAUGCUGCUCCUGCUGGCUUGUGCCCCAGCCCAAGCAAGCAGGGAGCUCGCUGCCUCUCCCACACGGGGUCGGGGGUGGGGGUUGAAGCGUGGCUGAUGGCCCAGUCAGGUUCUCUGUCCACCAAGCCGCUGCUUUGAUAGAGAGCAGUGUCUGAGUAGCCGAGGUCCCUGCCCAGUUAUUAGGCAGAUGGGCUGUAGCACCAGCUGGGUUUCUUUUACUUUGAUUCAAUGUUUAUGUCAAGUCCUUGGGUGUUACAGACGGGGCCCCUGCAACUUAAAUAUAAAGCCCUGGAGAAAAUACCUCCACCCACUGUCCCACCACUGACAUGCUUCCCCCUCUGGGGUGCCACGAGGCAGCUGACUGACAGCGAUUGUUUGAUCCGAGGGCUGCCUGGAUCACAGUGGAAAGAGAGAGAGAGCAGGGACCAGAAGUGUGUCUGAGCAGGGGGCUGGCCCAGUGGCACAGGACUAGCACAAGGCACUGUCAUGCUGGGGACCCUGCCUCAGGGCCAGGCUGGGAGUGCUGCAGGGUGCUCGGGGGGAAGGAUUGACUUGUCCUCUAGGGCCCAGCUCCAUGUGAUGCUGGAGUGGGACAGACAGGCUGAGCAGUGAUGUGCAGCCAUUGUAUAGACUGUCCCAUGUAUCCGUCUGGGAGGGAAAUCAAGGGGUUUCCUAGAGACACCGAAGCCAGUCCCUGCCUUCCUGGCCUGGCAGCUGAGAUCUUGCUCAUAGUCUGUUAUAGGUGCAAUUCUGCGAUCAGGAGGUAGCCAGUUAAUGAACCCAGGCAGCUGCCGCCUGGAAGUGUGGUUCUGCUCUGACACGACUGGCCGUGUGUGUGUGGUGGGGGCAGAAGGGGGGAUCGGUGCUUGUUGUGUCUCAAUGACUCCAGCUCAAACUGCUCAAUUUGCGAUAAGAAGAAUAUUUUGCUUUGGGUAUUUUCCCCCCUCCUCUAAUCGCCAGCUCCACAAAUUCCCACUGGGAUCUGAAUGUCAAGCUGGGUUAACUUCUGCUUCUGCGUGCUCCCGGGAACAUUUCUAUGGAGAUCAGUGGGCUUAGGAUCAAAGCCUUCAGCACAUUUCUCACGCCAGUUUAGUUAGUGCCCAGCUGUGUCUGCUAUAGAAGAUUGACUAGCUAGAUUCCUGAAGCCUGGGAGCUCUCGGGAAGUUUCGAAGAUGUAAUAUUCAGACAGGCUCUGUCCUGGCUUCCGAUCUGUAACUUAAUGUUUGUAGCCCAGAAAGUGUAGUAAGUUCCGCCUGGGUCUUUAAAACAAUGCACAAUGGAAAAGGGUCUAAUAAAUAUCCUAUCUCACUGUGGAAAUAGGAGUGAAUCAAGCCCAGCUUUGUUUCUUUA